AUGCGCCCCAAAGAGCAGGGACAGGGAUGCGCCGGGGAUGGGCCGGGGUCCGGUUCCGGGUCCGGUUCCGGGGACCCAGCAACAGUUACCCCGGCUCCCCCGCCGGUAGCCAGUCCUACUCCAGAGCCCGAGCCCGCCCCCACGCAGGCACCGGCGACUGGACAGGGGACAGGUUCCCGAGCAGCCUCAGGAUCCCAAUCCGGAUCUCGCCCGGCCUCCCAGGCUGGAGCCAAGACGGGAGCCCAGCGCCCAUCUGGCCAGUCCGUGCCUGACAACUCGGAUGCGCCGUGGACCCGCUUUAUAUUCCAAGGGCCCUAUGGUCCCAAGGCCACUGGCCUGGGGACUGGAAAGGCGGCGAGCAUCUGGAAGACACCUGCCGCCUACAUUGGCAGGCGUCCUGGGGUGUCCGGCCCUGCGCGCGCCGCAUUCAUUCGAGAACUGGAAGAAGCGCUCUGUCCUAACCUACCUCCAGUCAAGAAGAUCACCCAAGAAGAUAUCAAAGUGAUGUUAUAUUUGCUGGAGGAGAGAGAGCGGGACCUGAAUACGGCAGCUCGCAUUGGCCAGUCUCUGGUGAAACAGAACAGUGUUUUGAUGGAGGAGAACAGCAAGCUGGAAGCCAUGCUGGGCUCGGCCAGGGAGGAGAUUUUACACCUCAGACACCAGGUGAACUUGCGGGAUGACCUCCUUCAGCUCUAUUCAGACUCUGAGGAUGAGGAUGAGGAUGAAGAAGAGGAGGAGGAAGAAGAGAAUGAAGAAGAGGAACAUGAAGGAGAGGAAGAGCGAAAGCAUGAUCAUCCCUAUGAUGCCCGCAAGCCGACCCCUCAGGAGGAGUCCCGGCACCACUGCCCACAGCUAGAAGCCCUGCAGAAGAAGCUGAGGAUGCUGGAGGAGGAGAAUGACCAGCUGAGAGAGGAGGCCUCUCAACUGGACACCCUGGAGGAUGAGGAGCAGAUGCUCAUCCUGGAAUGUGUGGAGCAGUUUUCCGAGGCCAGCCAGCAGAUGGCCGAGCUGUCAGAGGUGCUGGUGCUCAGACUGGAGAACUAUGAACGGCAGCAGAAGGAGAUUACCCAGCUGCAGGCCCAGAUCGCGAAGCUGCAGCAGCGCUGCCAGUCGUAUGGGGCUGAGACUGAGAAGCUGCAGCAUCAGCUGGCCUCGGAGAAGGGAGUCCAUGUGCACCCCCAGGAAGAGGACCUGCGGGAGAAGUAUGCGGACUGCGGGGGCGUACUGUUUGAGCGCCCGGAGGAGGUGAAGACCCUCCGCCAACAUGCUGUGGCACCCCCUGGCUCUGUCACCCACUAUGCGUACACUGUGCCUCUGGGGGCAAUUCCAAAUCUCCCACAGACCCUGGCUGAGGAGCUUAGAACAUCUCUAAGGAGGAUCAUUUCGGACCCUGCGUAUUUUAUGGGCAGGAAUUAUGGGAUGCCAGCACGGGAAACGUCCAACCUGGGAUAUGACCCCCGCUACAGGGAGGAGCGAAAGCAGGAGCAGGAAUUCGAGGCUGAGCAGGGCUUGAUGCCUGCGGAGAAUCUCAUGCCACCUGAAGAUUUUGAGCCUGCAGAGGAGUUGGUGCCUGAAGAGGAGCUGGGGGCCACAGAGGAGGUGGGACCAGCUGAGGAAGGACUGUCAGAAGAUGCUGAGUUAGUGUCUGAGGACACUGAGGCCUGGGAGGAGGUGGAGCCUGAGGUGGAUGAGGCCACACGGAUGAAUGUGGUGACCUCAGCCCUGGAGGCCAGUGGCCUGGGCCCUUCUCGCCUGGACAUGAAGUAUGUCCUCCAGCAACUAGCCAACUGGCAAGAUGCCCAUUACAGGCGGCAGCUGAGGCAGAAGAUGCGCCAGAAAGAGGAGCUCUCCCGCGACGGCCUCCCUCCGACCAGCCGGACCAGCUGCAGAUCAUCCAGCCGAUGAGAGGGGAGGGUAGGCAAGCCUCCAAGUGCUCACUUACCCCAUCCUGACCCCACCCAGCGUGCUGAUUUGCAUGGACUCUGCAUAUCAUUUGCAUAGGUACCUCAGGUCCCCCUCAAGGGGAACUGUGGUCCCGAUGCUCGUUUUGUGGAAUCUGCUUAGAAGUCCAGCUUUCCACCCACUUUUCUCCUGCGGGCUGGACUGGGUGUCAGGGCUGGGACUGUGUCCCCCAGUGCUCCUCAGCUUCCUAUCUGCCCACCCCUCCCCAACCCUCGGCCCUACCCACUCUGUCCCCAGGGCUCCCCAACCCUGCAGCAGUAGCCCCGGUUGCCCACCCAGGACUGGAGGCUGGAGGAGGACAGGGCCAGCCACCCUCCCAGGGGCUGGGAGGAAAAGGGGCCUUUGGGGCCACUGAGGCAGGCCAUUGAUAUGAAGGCCUUCAGUAGCCAGGGCCACAAUUGGAGAAGUCCCCUGGGUGAGUCUGGAGGUGGACUAGUUUACCUGCAGGGUGGUGGGUGAGUCAGGGUCUCCUCUCCCCAGCUAGAAACCCCACAUUUGGGGAGCUGGACCUGCUGAGCGAGGGGCUUCUGGGCCCACCUGUAAGGAGUUCUCAGAGAGAUGAAAGGUGGCAUGUGACACUCAGCACAUGGGACCCUGCGUUAGCUCCUUCAAUCCUCACACCCCUGUAGGCAGGUCUGAUUGCCUCUCAUUUGUUAGGUGAGGAAACUGAGGUUCAGAGAACUAAAGUCACUUGUUCAAGGUCAUGCAGCUAGGAGUCAAUCUGAGCCUGCUCCCUACUGUGGGCAUCGGGGAUCUGAGCUAACUUCACUACAUACAGCAUCUUUCCUGGUCCAUCCCUCCCCACAGAGGAGGUCCUGGUGCCCCACUUGGCCAGGUGGGUCAACCCAGUUUAUAACUUGUUGGCAGACUUCCUUCUAUCUGGUCUGUCACCCCUCUGAUGGCCCUUUGGUCACCAGUAGGCAGAAUACGAUCGGCCUCAGCAGGGCCACUGUGUAGAGUCAUGCAGCUUGUAAACUGAAUCAUGACUUCUGUGACUGUGUGACUCUCUGUGGUGGCUUUCUGUCUUCUUCUGAUACAGCCGGCCAGCCCCUACCUGCUGCCCAUGCCAGGCCGGUGGGGGUCAGGCCCUCGGUCACAUUCUCUCCCUUCUCUCCCAGGCUUUGCUCUUUCCCAGCAGCCUGCAGAGGCCCCUCCUUCCAUUGCCUGGCCAAGUCCCACCCACCCCAGGCCCUCCUUCCCCUUUCAAAAUGGGAUUCCAUGUCUGUCACCAGCCUACCGAGCCUUGUUCUGGGACAGGCUGAAGGAACCCCAGCCCUUGUUCUGUGGCUGGUACAAAAGCCACAAAAGCUGGGCCUGGAUCAUAUGGUGGCCCCAGGGGUGAAGGAAGACCAGAGGGAGGCCGGCCCCCUGCCAGACCCAGCUCUGAGAUAGGUGGGACCGAGUUGGAGUGGGGGACUCGGAUCCCAGUUGUGAGAGCACCCUCCUAACAGGUUGCUCUAAAUCCUUUGACCCCCGAAUUAAAGGUGGCCCCCAGUUCUUAUUGACUUUUAGGGACCUGGCUCUCUUCCCCUGUUCUUCAUCCUUUCUUCUCCGUCUUUAUUACUGUGUGUAACCGGAAGUGUGCCUGUGUGUGGGUGGGUGAGGGGUCCCUCUACCCAGUGAUGUGUCACCCCUGCCCCGCCACCACCUGUGUAGCCUGUGAGUGUCCAGACUCCCUGCCCAAGGCCCAGUGCCUCCCUCCUGCCGUCCUCCCCCAGUGCCCCUUGUUUCUUCGUUCUAGUUGUUCUGCCCUUUCCCACCCCUUUGCUCGUAAACAGCUGGGGUCUGGGGCUCAGGACCCCUGUGAGUGCCUGCCCCGCCUCCCACAGCGCUUCUCAGUCUCGUUGCUUGUCAGCCUGUGUUCGUGCCGGUGCAGGAAAUAAAGGACCUGUGUGCUACCUGA